AUGCGAAGCUUCAUAUUACGACGAUACAUAAAAGCUGCGAGUGACUCAGUAGCACGUUAUAAAGUUGAAGCACUUUGUUGUUCAAUGAACCUUCUUCAGAGUCUGAAUACACGAUAUCAUAUCUUAUUUUUAACGAUUAUUUUACAUGUCGUCGUGUUUUCAUGUCACAAACCAAGUAUGGGCCUAAUUGCAAAAAUCAUUAAGCAACAAAAAAAAAAGCUCAGGAAAAUUUUACAUCUUGAUAAUAUCGUUUUACUGAGAGCUACAAAAUUAUCACAGCAAGAGCAACAGAAAAAAGAAUUCAUUUACUUAUAA